GCGGAUGCGCUGCCUGGAAGACAGAGCCGUGCCGACAGUCCAGCCAACAGGAGCGUCUUUUUUCUCUCCUUACGUCAAGGCCGAACGGAACAGUGUUCACGGUCGCGUGUGUGAUAUCAGCGACCUGGUGUCGAAAUCCCGCCGGAGAGAUUGCUCGGUCUCUCUCAUCACGCACAUCGUCCCCUCGUUCAAGAGAGAGAGAAAGAGAGAGAGAGAGAGAGAGAGAGAGAAAGAGAGAGAGAGAGAAAGAGAGAAACAAGGCACUCUUUUCGCCCGACGUGCUUCGGCAAAACAAGUAGAAAACAAAACAGACUAACCGGUACCCAGUGAGAUUGGAGCUCUAUCGAGUGAUUAAGGAGACCGAGGGUGAAUCUAGGAAUCCGGGAUCUUGCGGUAUCAGUGGAUAGCAGCAGGCGGUCAAGAUGGGCUCGUUCACGAUCGGGAGGGUGGCGUGUGCAACCGCGAGCCUGAUAUUCGUAGUGCUAUUAACGAGUGGUGACGCCGCGUUGGCCAGGACCGCAUUUGAGAAACUCACCGACUACGAUUACCGCGGCACCACCUAUUACAGCGUGAGGAAUCUGUCGUUGUACGAGUGCCAAGGAUGGUGCAGGGAAGAGCCAGAGUGUCAGGCCGCCGCAUUCUCGUUCGUCGUGAAUCCCUUGGCGCCGAUGCAGGACACUCUCUGCCAGCUGCAGAACGAAACGGCCGCCACGAAUCCGGCCGCGCAGCCUCAGAGAGCCGCCAAUAUGUACUAUAUGACGAAAUUGCAAAUCAGAUCUGAGAACGUCUGUUUGCGGCCGUGGGCGUUUGAGCGCAUCCCGAAUAAAAUGAUUCGCGGCUUGGACAACGCGCUAAUUUACACCUCCACGAAGGAGGCCUGUCUCGCGGCCUGCUUGAAUGAGCAUCGUUUCACCUGCCGAUCCGUGGAGUAUAAUUAUGUGACGCUGCAGUGCCACCUGGGCGACUCGGAUCGCCGGACAACGGGGCAGUACGUUCAAUUCGUGGACGCGCAGGGGGUGGAUUACUUCGAGAAUUUAUGCUUGAAAGGUAAGGAGGCCUGCAAGUCUCAGAGGAUCUUCCAGAUGCCCAGAAUCGGUGUGGCAGACGACAAAGUAGCGCAAUACGCCGGCCUACAUUAUUACACCGACAAGGAACUGCAGGUACAAAGCGAGUCCGCCUGCCGACUGGCCUGCGAGAUCGAGAACGAGUUCCUCUGCCGCUCCUUCCUUUACCGCGGCGUUCCUCAGGGCUCGGCCUAUAACUGCCACCUGUUCCACUUGGAUCACUGGACCCUUCCGGACGGGCCGUCGACGUACCUGAACGCCGAGAGGCCCUUGAUCGACAACGGUGAACGCGUCGGGACUUACUUCGAGAAUUUCUGCGAGAAGGGUACCGGCCCGAUAGCGGAUACAUUGCCCAUCGUCUUCGAGACCACCGAAGACCCCACAAUUAACAAUCUCACCAGAAAUGAUAUUAAUUGCGACAAGACCGGGACCUGUUACGAUGUAUCGGUCGACUGUAAAGACACUCGAAUUGCCGUUCAAGUUCGCACUAAUAAGCCCUUCAACGGACGCAUCUACGCUCUUGGCCGAUCGGAAACGUGCAAUAUCGACGUUAUCAAUAGCGAUCUAUUCAGGCUGGAUCUCACGAUGAGCGGUCAAGAUUGUAAUACUCAAAGUGUGCGUGACGGUUUUCAGACUGGGAUCUACUCGAACACGGUCGUACUGCAACACCAUUCCGUGGUGAUGACAAAGGCUGAUAAAAUCUACAAAGUUAAGUGUACAUACGAUAUGUCUUCGAAGAAUAUCACCUUCGGCAUGAUGCCGAUCAGAGACCCGGAAAUGAUCAGCAUCACGAGCGCACCGGAGGCGCCGCCGCCGAGAAUCCGCAUCCUCGACAGCCGGUCGCGCGAGGUCGAGACAGUGCGUAUCGGCGACAAGUUGACGUUCAGAAUCGAAAUUCCGGAGGACACCCCAUACGGCAUUUUCGCUCGCAGUUGCGUAGCCAUGGCAAAGGAUUCAAAAAGCACGUUCCAGAUUAUCGACGACGAAGGGUGUCCCGUCGAUCCCUCCAUCUUUCCCAGUUUCACGCCCGACGGUAACGCCCUGCAAUCCGUGUACGAGGCCUUCAGGUUCACCGAGUCUUAUGGCGUAAUUUUCCAAUGUAACGUCAAGUAUUGUCUAGGACCGUGCGAGCCGGCCGUCUGCGAAUGGGGCCGCGAAUCCGUGGAAUCGUGGGGCAAGAGGCGUAGGAGAAGCCUCGCCAACUCGACGGAGGAGAAGGCCGAGGAUAUGACUCUGUCGCAGGAGAUCCUGGUGUUGGAUUUCGGCGACGAGAAACAGUCCGACUUUCUGAAGAGUGAUGCCAGCAUAGACUUCAAUGAAGCAGACAAAACAGUGACCAUCGUGGAGCCGUGCCCGACGAAAACCUCGGUAUUGGCGCUCGGGGUGACGUGCGCUCUGCUCGUGCUCAUCUACAUCUCCACGAUCUUUUGUUACUACAUGAAGAAGUGGUUGACACCUCGUAAGAUGAUGACUUAAAGGCUGAGGAAACGCUCACCCCGUGGAACGCGAUCACGGAAGCAAAUAAGGAAGACGAUAUCGAAGAGUGCGACAGUUCACACAUUCACACACACACACACACACACACACACACACGCGCACACGCACGCACGUAUUCACACGCGAUACACAGCCACACUCGUGUAUGGUAAGUUAUCGAAAGAUUCAUACGUAGCGAUAAUUAUUCGCUCUCUCAUCCCUAUUAUAUACCUGUUCAUUGUCAUUAUAUUUCCAUCGACUUGAAACGGCUCGUAAGAGGGCGGACAAGGAGAAAAAUCGUCGGACAAUCGUACCAUUUUCUAAUGCGCGUUUGAAUCGCAUCUAAUGCGAUCGGUAUUCUGCGCGGUGUGCUAUCGACGACGAUCACGGGGGUCGAUUGUGUAACGUCCGGCUGCGCGAGUACCGGCUCCACAUCGGUAACACUGACGCACACGGUUUCUGAGGGUACAGUUACGCUCGUUGGUACAAGUCGACACUUCCGACGGAGUCAUUCGAGGGAGAUUAAUAAUAGAUCGUCUCGAAAAUAAGUUUACGCGCACACACACACGCGUGCAUACAUACACACAUACGCACACACGCAUACACUGACAUAUACACAAAAGACUACCGACUGACGUGAUGAAGAUCACAAGGAUCUCUUGUACCAUAUGUUGAAAGUAAACACCUACAUAUAACCGAGCUCUACGACGGUAGCGAUGACGACUCGACUUGUCUCGAUUUUUGUCUUGAUUUUUAACGGAGGCUCGGCUCGAACGUACACCUGACUGUUCUCCAGGUGUGGCGGUGAUAUUAUGUCAAUCAGGCGAAAGGGAAGUCUCUCUGAUCUGAGAAGUAGCUCGAGUCAUGACGACGAUAUUAUUGCAUUUCGCGGUAGAACGCCAAUAAAAUAUUACAUCAGACGCACGAAGCGAGGCCUCCGAUGUGUACACUCUUUGGCGCGUUUAACGACGUGUUCUUGGCGCGCGCGCAAGUCGCGCGCCGAGAUAUUGUUAAAAUAGCGAUCAUAACUGAUCUGUUGACACGGUCCGACUUGAUGCGCGAGGGAAGCGUUGCUGCAUCAGCGCGGCCGCGCGCGAUCAAAAUUUGCGUUCGUCGGUUCGCGCGCGUCCGAUUUCGAGGGUGUUUAUCGCAAAGUUGGCGAGCGACUCUUUUUCACACACGCACGCACACAUACACACACACACACAUACAUACGCGCAUACGGGAUAUGAAUCGCGAAGCUCAUUGCCGAGAUCACCAUGAACGUAACGAGAGUAGAUUUUAUUUAAGAAUAUUCUUAGAAAUCAGCUAACUGUCUCAUCCUCUAGCGGCUACUUCUGAUCGGGUUGCAAAAAGAACAAGAUCGAGCGCGCGAGUUGACUUGUCGCGGUGCUCGAGGCGAAAUUUCCGAUAGCUCGUAUUAAUGGUGGACGCGAGCCUGGUUGCUGUUUUCGGUCCUCGGAGAUCGAUUUGUAACCCGCAUCAAGACUAGCGGUAUUUAAAGGUUCACGCUUCACUAACGUCUCUAACGAUACAAGUAGCGUUAAGAUAGCGAUUAAGCAUGUAAGCAUAGACGCGAGAGAAAGACGGAGAGAAAGGUGAAAACAGAGAGGAGAACGAACGAACGAGAAGAGACUUUCUCUUCUAUUCCAACGGAUUCUCGGAAGGCGGCUCGUACUUUUCCAGAACGAAUAAAUCAGUCGUGCAGGAAAAGAGAUAAACGAGUGUUGAAAUUAGUCGAGUAGCGACGACAGUGAUGGUCGAGUAAAAGUGGUGAUGGUCGAGUAAAAAAAAAAGGGAAAAGGGGAAAAUUUCCUCUAGCUCCAGCUUAGAAACUAAUCGAGAUACUGAUCUCUUGGAAGUAGCCGCCGAAGAAACUGCCGUUUUGGCAUUUUUCGAGGUACCACUCACUGUUCGUGAGAUUUGUGAAUGAAUGGAAGGAACACCCGAGCGUUCGGCUACCUGACUGUAGAUUGCUUUCUGCGCGUUUAUACCCGGAGCUCGAGGCGCUCUCGGGAUUUUAGCCGUGCGGAAAUAUUAAGGUAUACUCGAGGUACGACGUAGUGCGACGGCGGCACGCGCGCGCGUCGCCGUAUAUUAAUAUAAUCCUCUAAGGACAAUCAUAUUUUCUCAGUUUAUCAGCUCCACUCAAUUAAUGGAUAUUCGCUGCGAAUGUGCUCCGCCGAACACUCCCUCCCGAUUUCGGCUCUCGAGAUCUGUAAACGCGUUCAAUCCGUAAACGCGAACGAACAAUGCGCGACUUUUGAUCUCGGGAAAGGCCCUGAUGGAGUUUUUAUUCUCCAGUUUGGAAGCAGAUAAAGAAUUUCCGAUACAUUUGUCCACUCAAAUCGCCGAGUCAUCGUUGAAAUUAUUCAACAUCUGGCACAUCUGGCGAGAGCAAUCAGGAAGAGUAUUUGGCGGAUGAGAAUUCGCUUCACACGAGCAGACAUUACUGUAUCCGCUUCGACUUCUUCACAGUCUAUUAUUAAGCGACCUAUAGGCGAUAAAAUAUGCAUACCCGUUCCUCUGGGGACAUUACGGCGACGUGUUAAUCCGAUACGACGAGCGAUUCCUCUCGCGAUAGAGACGUUACGUAAUGAUCUAUAAACAGCAUGAAUUGGGUGGAGUAAAUUAAAAUUUCCGGUUAAGGUGCUUGCUAUAUGCAGGGGUCAGACUCUCUCGGUAAUUGAAUAUUCUUCGGAUGGAAACGCGCAGCACGGUAGAAAUGCGACCGCGGGGUAAAAUAGACCGACAGCUUCAUCACGAAGUCAACGUUGAGUCGAACGAGAAAUUUCUGCCAAUUCGGCGGCUCUCUUGAUGAAGCUGUCAGCUCUGGAAACAAGACACAUUUUUCGUAUUUGCGUUGCAUUAAAAUUAAUUCGUCCACGAAACGUGUGUGACCCCUUGCGGUUUACGAAACCGUCUACAAAAUGUAUAUAUUAUUAAGGCGGACUGCAGUAGGCAUUGAGAGAAGAACACACACAUACGCAUCAACAUGCAUCAAUCACAUAUAUUUGUACCCUAUUUAUAUACGUGAAUGUUUCAGUAAUUAAACUCAGAUCAAUUUUGACAGAA